AUGGCAGAAAAACCAGAAGUUCGCUUUGAAGAAGCAGAGAGACGCAAAGGUCUGAUUCUCACGCUGACUGCUAUUGUAUGCUGCACGUUAUGUUGGGUGGUUCGAUAUUACACAUCGCUCUUAUGUCUAGUAGUCGCCCUGACAAUGUAUUUACUGAGUGGAGAUAGAUAUCAAUGGAUUUACAUAUGCAAGAAGACGUUCUACAGAGAUAUAACAGGUCUUCGUGUCCUCCUAGCCACUAUGUUCAGGAUCUGGCUGUGGGAGCGGAAUGGCACAACUGUUGUCACGAGAUGGCAAGAAGUAGCCAAGAUGAAGCCAAACAAGAAGGCCUUUGUGAUGGACGACAGGGCUAUAUCCUUUCGUGAGGGUGACGAAUUAAGUAACCGCGUGGCCUGGUACUUCAAGCGACAAGGUUUUAAGCGUGGUGAGGUGAUCGCUCUGUUCAUGGAGACUCAGCCGGAGUAUGUUUUCCUCUGGCUCGGUCUUGCUAAGCUCAGAGUAACUACAGCUCUCGUCAAUACGAAUUUAAGAGGAUCCCAGUUGAUCUAUUGCCUCAGAAUCGCUGGUUGUAAAGCAGUUGUGUUUGGAGAUGAAAUGGCCGAAGCAAUAAAAGCCAUCCAGAACGAAAUACCAGACAUCCCUCUCUUUCAAUUCAACUCGCCAGACAGGGAGACAGCACCAAUAGUACAGGACACGAUACCCUUGUCUGCUGAACUCACAGAAAUGUCUACAGAGACAUACACCGAUCCCGAACCAGCUAAACCAAGAGACACUUUAUUGUAUAUUUAUACAAGUGGAACAACUGGAUUCCCGAAAGCCGCUAUUAUUACGAAUAUACGAUACCUCCUAAUUCCACUAGGAGUACAUAAUUCAGCGCGCCUAUCUUCGUCCGACGUCGUUUACGAUCCCUUACCACUUCAUCAUACUGCCGGUGGCGUCCUCGGCGCUGGCCAGUGCAUCGUCCUCGGAUGUACCGUGGUACUGAGGAAGAAGUUUUCUGCCAGUAAUUAUUGGAAAGAUGUCGCGAAGCAUAAGUGCACGGCCGCUCAGUAUAUCGGGGAAAUCUGCAGAUACCUUCUGACAGUACCACCAGGUCCCCAAGAUACUUCUCAUAGCGUAAAAGUCCUAAUCGGUAACGGACUAAGGCCGCAGAUAUGGGAAGAGUUCGUUCGAAGGUUUAACAUAGAACGGGUUCUGGAAUUCUAUGGAGCUACGGAGGGGAAUAGUAAUCUUGUGAAUUUAGACUCAAAAGUCGGUGCGAUUGGUUUCCUUAGUCGAACAGUAUCAUCCAUAUACCCACUGACAUUGGUCAAAUGCGACGAAAUAACUGGAGAGAUACUAAGAGAUGCUAAUGGAGGAUGUAUUACUUGUGGUCCACACGAACCAGGUCUGCUUCUGGGCAAAAUUGAACCUAAAAAGGCGAUUCUAACAUUCGCUGGAUACGCAGACAAGACCGCAUCUGAGAAGAAGAUGGUCCGCAAUGUCAGAGUGAAGGGGGACUGCUAUUUUAAUACGGGAGACAUUCUGGUAAUGGAUCAUUUUGGGUACUUCUACUUUAAGGAUCGGACAGGAGAUACAUUUAGAUGGCGGGGAGAGAACGUGUCAACAGCAGAAAUAGAGGGUGUUAUCAGCAAUUUAGUUGGGCUCAAAGACGCUGUGGUUUAUGGUGUAUCGGUACCGAACGUAGAAGGUCGCGCAGGAAUGGCUGCUAUAGCAGAUCCAGAUAAAAAACUAGAUCUAGAAUCUCUAGCCGCUGGCUUAAAAACAUCUCUUCCAGUUUAUGCCAGACCGCUAUUUCUAAGGAUACUGCCCGAACCACCGCUGACAGCUACUUUUAAAUUAAAGAAGAAAGAACUGGUAGAGUUGGCGUUUAGCCUAAAUAGUGACCCAGUUUAUUUCUUGGAUCAGAAGACUGGCAAAUAUGUUCCUUUAACACAGAAAAUGUAUGAUGACAUCAUGCAAGGCAAUAUUAGGCUGUGA